GUCCUCAUUUUCGUCUCCACUCCGGGACCCCCGUGGGUUGCUAUGGCGUCGGUCUGCAGAACUAAUUUUCGAAAUUUGACAACUCAGUCUGACCAGCCAAGUCAUGAAGGUGAUGCCAUCAAAGUUUUUGUGCGGAUUCGUCCACCGGCAGAAGGCGGGAGAUUUGCUGAUGGAGAACAGAACUUGUGCUUGUCUGUGCUCUCGUCCACUACUCUGCGGCUACACUCUAACCCAGAGCCCAAGACCUUUAUGUUUGAUUAUGUUGCGGACAUGAACACCACUCAGGAGUCGGUGUUCUCAACUGUGGCUAAAAGCAUUGUGGAGUCGUGCAUGUGUGGUUAUAACGGCACCAUUUUUGCAUAUGGGCAGACUGGCUCAGGGAAGACUUUUACUAUGAUGGGACCAUCUGAAUCUGAUCAUUUUUCUCAUAACUUGAGAGGACUAAUCCCCCGAAGUUUUGAAUAUUUGUUUUCCUUAAUUGAUCGUGAGAAAGAGAAGGCUGGAGAUGGGAAGAGUUUCCUUUGUAAGUGUUCCUUCAUCGAAGUCUACAAUGAACAGAUCUAUGACCUGCUGGACUCUGCUGCAGCUGGCCUGUACUUGAGGGAGCACAUCAAGAAAGGUGUCUUUGUUGUGGGUGCAUCUGAGCAGGUGGUGACCUCAGCUGCCGAAGCCUAUCAGGUGUUGUCUGGAGGAUGGAGGAACAGACGUGUUGCAUCUACAUCAAUGAACAGAGAGUCCUCUAGGUCUCAUGCAGUCUUUACCAUCACCAUAGAGUCAAUGGAGAAGAGUAAUGAGACCGUGAACAUACGGACCUCCUUACUAAAUCUGGUGGAUUUAGCAGGAUCUGAAAGGCAAAAAGAUACUCAUGCAGAAGGGAUGAGGUUAAAGGAAGCAGGUAACAUAAACCGAUCCUUGAGUUGCCUGGGACAAGUGAUUACUGCUCUCGUUGAUGUGGGUAAUGGAAAGCAGAGACACAUUUGCUACAGAGACUCCAAACUUACCUUCUUACUACGGGAUUCUCUAGGUGGUAAUGCCAAAACAGCCAUAAUUGCAAAUGUUCAUCCUGGAUCCAGGUGCUUUGGAGAAACACUAUCAACACUUAAUUUUGCCCAAAGAGCCAAGCUGAUUAAAAACAAGGCAGUGGUGAAUGAAGACACCCAAGGAAAUGUGAGCCAGCUCCAAGCUGAGGUGAAGAGGCUCAGAGAACAUUUGGCUCAGUUUACUUCUGGACUGGUCCAACCAGAAAACUUUCUUGCCACAGACCAAGAGAAGCCUAGUUACCUAGAGCAUUUCCUGGAAGCAAUGUUGUUCUUUAAGAAAUCUGAAGAGGAAAAGAAGUCUCUGGCAGAAAAAAUCACCCAAUUGGAAGACCUCAACCUCAAAAAGGAACAGUUUAUUCAGUCCAAUAAAAUGAUCGUGAAAUUCCGGGAAGAUCAAAUCAUGCGCCUGGAGAAGCUCCAGAAAGAAUCCCGGGGCAGUUUUCUGCCUAAGGAGCAGGAGUGUUUGCUCUCAGAAUUAAGGCUUGAGAUCCAAACUCUGCGAGAACAAAUAAAUCACCACCCUAGAGUUGUAAAGUAUGCGAUGGAGAAUCAUUCUCUCAGGGAGGAGAAUAGGAAACUGAAAUUACUGGAGCCUGUAAAAAGGGCCCAAGAAAUAGAUGCCCACACUGUUGCAAGACUACAGAAAGCUUUUUCAGAAGUGACUGGCACAGAGAAAAUCGAAGAAGGUCAACAAGGAUUUUCUCCCAAAAUUUCAAAACAACCAAAUUCGUUUAUAAACACGAAAAAGUUAAAAGCACAACUCCUGCAAAUUCAGUCAGAGCUGAAUACUUCAAAGCAAGAAUAUGAAGAAUUCAAAGAACUAACUCGGAAGAGGCAGCUGGAAUUGGAAUCAGAGCUUCAGUCUUUGCAAAAGGCAAACCUGAAUCUUGAAAAUCUUUUGGAAGCAACAAAAGCUUGCAAGCGGCAAGAAGUUUCUCAACUGAAUAAAAUUCAUGCUGAAACACUUAAGAUUAUAACUACACCAACCAAGGCUUAUCAACUGCAUUCACAACCAGGACCAAAAUUAACCCCUGAAGUGGGCAAUUUGGCCUCUUUGCAAACUCAUGACAUAUUAAAUGAGCCAAUUCCACCUGAGAUGAGUGAACAAGCUUUUGAGGCCAUUUCUGAAGAGCUUAGAACAGUACAGGUGCUGGUGACACUCACGUCUGUCUUUUUGAGAAGUGAGGCGCAUGAUCUGCGAAUUGUUCUUCAUUCUGCUGACAAGGAGCUUUCUUUGGUGAAAAUGGAGUAUAGUUCAUUCAAAGAAAGUCAGGAGAAAGAAUUCAGCCAACUCUCUGAAAGAUAUGUGCAAGCUCAGCUUCAGCUCGACAAUGUCAGGUUGGAAAAGGAAAAGCUUCUUGAGAACCAAGCCUGUCUACAGGAUUCCUACGAAAACUUACAAGAAGUCAUGAAGUUUGAAAUCGACCAGCUUUCAAAAAACCUACAGAACUGCAAACAAGAAAAUGAAACUUUGAAAAUGGACCUGAAUAAUUUGAUGGAGCUUUUUGAGGCAGAGAAAGAACGCAACAGCAAAUUAUCAUUACAGUUUGAAGAAGACAAAGAAAACAAUUCAAAGGAAAUCUUAAAAGUUCUUGAAACUGUACGUCAAGAGAAACAGAAAGAAAUGGCCAAGUGUGAACAACAGAUGGAGAAAGUACAGAAACUAGAACAGAGCUUGCUCGCUACUGAAAAAGUAAUCAGUUCUUUGGAAAAGUCUAGAGAUUCUGACAAGGAAGUGGUGGCCAACCUCAUGAACCAGAUCCAGGAGCUCAAAACAUCAGGCUGUGAGAAAGCGGAAAUCAUCAACAAUCUGCAGCAAGAACUGAAGGAUAUAAAUUGCAAAUAUAACUCUGCUUUGGCUGAAAAAGAAGAGAGCAAAGAUUUGAUCAAGAAACAGGAAGCGGAUAUUCUAGAUCUGAAAGAAACUCUUCGGCUGAGAAUAUUCUCUGAGGACCUUGAGAGAGACAUGGUCUGUGAGGAUCUGGCCCAUGCCACUGAGCAGCUGAACUUGCUCACGGAGGCCUCAAAAAAGCACUCCGUGCUGCUGCAGUCUGCCCAGGAAGAGCUGACCAAGAAGGAGGCCCUGAUCCAGGAACUGCGACAUGAGCUAAACCAAACGAAACAGGAAGUAGAGCAGAAAAACAACGAGCAUAAUUUCACAGAAGAAGAAGAAGUAGUGAUAGAUUCUGCUACCCAGAGUCCUAAAACACCCCCUCACUUUCAAACACAUUUGAUGAAAGUCAUGGAAACACAGCAGGAACACGAGAUCAAAGAUGGAAGAGACUUAAAGACUUUGCAAUACCUUGUAACAAAACUAAAUGAAGACCGAGAAAUCAAAAAUGCUGACAUCCUCAGAAUGAAGGAGCAGUUGUGUGAAAUGGAGAACCUACGCCUGGAGUCCCAGCAGUUAAGAGACAAAAACUGGCUCCUUCAAGGCCAGCUGGAUAAUAUUAAAAGACAGAAGGAGAGCAGUGAUCAGAAUUAUCCAAACCACCAAGAGUUGGAGAGUAAAGAAGAUGUCAUCAGAGAAAGUCUUGCUAAUAGUAAAAUUUUUGAAGAAAUGCUGAAAAUGAAAAAAAAUCUAGAAGAAAUCCAAAAUGCCCUGCACAGCAAGGAGAUGGAAUGUCUUCGGAUGAGUGAGGAAGUUGAGCGGACCAGAACUUUGGAGUCUAAAGCAUUCCAGGAAAAGGAACAACUGAGAUCAAAACUGGAAGAGAUGUAUGAAGAGAGAGACAGAACAUUACAGGAGAUAGAACUGUUGCGGAAGCAAGUCAACUAUCUCUCAGAAGAAAACGGGAAAUUGGUCGGUCACCAAAACCUACAUCAGAAGAUUCAGUAUGUAGUGCGGCUGAAGAAAGAAAAUGUCAGGCUUGCUGAGGAGACAGAAAAGUUGCGUGUUGAAAAUGUAUUUUUAAAAGAAAAGAAAAAAAAGGAAUUAUAACGAUCAUGGCCAACUCCUGAAGCAUCACCUUGUUCGGAGAAUUUUUUUUUGUUUUUUCACAGUUGUAAAGAGUUGAUGUAGCAGAGAAAGUAAAAGGCACUCAGGAGACUGAGCAACAGGACCUGGAAAUGAUUGUCCCAAAUUUUGUUUUCUUUCUCUUUAAAAGUAAGAACUACUCUUACCCACAGAGUAGAGCUCAAUUAAGGCCCUUCUUUACAAAAUGUGUGCAUGGUGGUCGUGGAUGACCCUUGACUUCUAAUGAGCACUCUGCAACAGACCAGCCCAUUUCCUGUAAAUACGGGAAAGCACUUUGUCCUGUUUGAAAUAAAGCAUGUACCUGA